AUGGACCUCCCCUCAAAGCAAGGACACUGGCAAAUUUGCAAAAACUGUGGUUCCCUCGCUCAUUCAAGGCUCAACCGGUGUACCGCAGAGCUGGAGAAUUUAGAUAGAGUACAUCAGGACCCGGUAGCAGAUAGCACAGAUGAGAGCUCGCCAGAUAGAGUGCCAGCAGUGAGAGAUGUAGAUGGCACUGAUGAAGAAAGGUCGGAAGACAGGGAAGGGGAGAUGGACCGUGUUGUGGCAAGUCUCGAGGCAUACUCUGAUAGAACAUCACUGCGGUUACACUACACGGGGAUCGAAGUCACUGAUAGCAUAUUCAAUAGCUCCCGUCGAAUGAGGUUGAUUCUCAAGUAUACCCACCCUCUAAAAUGA